AUGGAAACCAAAUCCCUAAUUUCGCUCAUGCUCCUUCUUCAAGCAUUUAUCAAUGGUGUUAAUCCAGCCCUACCUCCGGGUCAACAAUCCUCUAUCUGUAGUAAAAAUGGUGAUUUGAAUUCAAACGAACUACUAAAAUCACGAGAUGUCGCACUCGAUAAACUCAAAAACUUUGAACCUCCAUACACCGGUGAUCGAAUGACCAGUUAUCAGGGAAUUACGGCCAAAGCUCUUUGUCCCCCCAAAAUUAAAAUGCAAGAUUGCAGUGCGUGUGUCAAAGAAACAAUCCCUACUCUUUUGAAAAGUUGUCCUAAACAAAAGGAAGGUGCCACUUGGUCAAUCUUACCGAACUUGUAUUGCAUGGUGCGCUAUGCGGAUCAUCCAAAGCAAGGAAAUAUAGCCGGUUGGGCUCAGUUCAGUAGCAAACCAAAUUAUCCUCCGACUAAUGCUACCGCUGGUGAGUUGGAGAAUGCGUUGAAUAAUUUGGCAAAUACACUAAAGGCGAAGGUAGAAGCUAAUAGCUUAGAGAAUUACGGGUCUGGGUCUAUAAGUUAUGGACCAGGUUCCCACAGUACUUUAUAUGGGUCCAUGCAAUGUAUUCCAACUAUAUCGGUGGGGGACUGCAAGAAAUGUUUAUCAGAUGCAACUAAUCAGCUCCAUCAGUGCUGUACCAAAUCAAGAAAACUGAUCGGAAGGGUCUUUUCUGUUAAUUGUGCCGUUUGGUAUUCACAUACUAAUUUUCUUCCUAAGACAUUUCAGACCAUCUCCACCCCAUCUCUAGCAAAUCAGGUAAUUGAAUGA